AUGGAAGAGCUCUCCAUGCCUUUCUCCGGCCUUGCACCCCAGCGAUCAUGGACGAGGAAGAUGGCUGCCAACCGCUCUCUCUAUGAAGCUGAAACUGCUGUAGCCACGGAGCUCAAGAACACGGGUGUUUUCGCGCCGCGGAAGAAAAAGGGCAGCAAGAAAGAUCCCAAGGCCCCUGACGGGUCAAGAGUCAACAUUGUCGAUAAGAAGCUUGUCAGCGACGUGAUUUCAUAUCUCAAACCCUCUCUCCAACGACACAAGGGAUGCGAUCUGGUAUCCAUCUACCCCGGCGCGGGCCUCUUCUCCAAGGCCCUUCAUGAUGCAGUCGGGCCCCGGUCUCACCUGCUGCUCGAGCCCGAUGAAGACCUCUACGAACCCUUCCUCAAGCCUCUACUCAAGAAGAAGAACGUCAAGUUGAUCCCCAAGUCUGGUAUCAUCUGGCAAGAACUCCAGGAGGCUCUCACUCCCGAGAACCUGCCCAAUCAAGUUGAAUUCGACCGCCUCGACCUCAACAAAGACCCCCCGAAAAACGAUACCCUCCUCGUCGACAUCAACCUAUCCAUGUACCCCAAGAAACAAUACAAUCUUUUCGACUCCAUGUCGCGCAUGAUCCUGUACCAACUCAUCACGUCCAUCCGCACCUCGACCCAAUUCCAAAAGUACGGCCAGGUGCGCAUGCUCGUAUGGAUCCCGGAUGAUGAGAAGACCACCAUAAUACCACGUGUCAUACAAUUGAGGAAGCGAGGCGCCAUAGAGGCCGAAUUGAUGACGGAGUACAUUGCCGAAGUGUGCGGCAAGGACGGAACUCUUGACGAUGCAGACGAGGGUGUCAAGGGGAGGAACGACAAAGUUCGGCCACAUCAACUCAACUUCGAAAGCCUACGCCAAGCCAUGGUCCGCAUGCGGGACAGCGGAGUUAAGACUCCCAGGGGCAGGGAGACGAGACUGCUGCGGCAGUUUAAAAAAGAGGGCAUCUCCUUGGACACUCCGUUCCCCUUGACCCAGGAAAGCUUCUCAUACGACAAGUCCUUCCAGGCCGAGCUCGAAGACAUGCAGAGGCAGUUCGAUACGGGGCGGCUAGAAAAGGGCACGAAAGCAGGCCGCCGGUUCAAGAUGCUCGGUAAUUACAACCGCUGGAUCGACAAGCUCGGCGGCAGGCUCCUGGAAUUUACACAGCAGCGCGACGCCGCAGCCGAGGUGCGGAGACAAGCAGACCAGGCCGAGGCCGACGGGGAAGCCGAGCGCGCGCAGGAGCUGCUAGAAGAGUCGAAGCGGCUCAACGACGAGUACAACCGCGCCGUGAGGCAGCUGGCCGACUAUGUGCUCUCGCAGCUGGCCCUGCUGCGCGACCAUCUGCACGUGCUGCGGCAGCCGGAGGAGAUGGGCCCCGUGCUGUCGUGGGACCGGCGGCCGUGGGAGCCGCUGCGCGUCAAGGCGACCGAGUUCUUCCCCAACCAGCCCUGCGCGCUGAUCGACAUCCAGCCCAAGGCGCCGCACAAGCUGCUGCGGCACGUGGGGCCCGGGACGACCAACGCGGGCGACAUCUUCGACCUGAUGCUCGGCGUGAUCAUGACCAACACGGUCGUCCCGCUCAUCGACAACAUGGACCUCAUCUGGCCGGGCGCCAGCGAGGGCAUCGAGCCCCUGUGCAAGUCCCUCGUCGACCCGGCCCGCGGCGGCACCCCGCUGACGGGCGAGGCCGCCGUCGGGAGCCGCGCCGCCAACCAGGUCCAGCUGCUCGAGCUGCUCGAGCAGUUCAUGAAGUGGCCGUUCAUGCCCAGCUACGCCGACCUCGUGGGCCGCCUCGAGGACGACAGGCUGGUGGACGACUCCAGCCUGACUGGGAUUGAGGAAGAUGGGCCUGGGGGCAUUGGGAUGGGGAAUACUACCAUUGAUGCAUUCUAG